AAACAAAACAGAACUCACUUUUCGAACUGCUGAAUGUAGUGAAAAUACCAUGUACAAAACCAUAUAUAAUCACUACAGAACUCGCAUAUACACACAAAUCAGACCAUUAUACACACACACAAACGGACCCUCUUUAACACGCUCCUCUUGCGCUAAACUUGAGCCAUCCACAGCCACAGAAAAUGAUCUUGGGUCCCGAAUUUUUCGGCUUGUUUUUCGGAAACGAAGUGCAACUAUGGUGAUUGAGAAAUGGGUUGAAGAGGGUAAUCGGGUUUCUGGGUCGGAGCUCCGGAGGAUUUCCACGCAGCUUGUUAAGUUUAAGCGCUAUAAACAUGCUCUUGAGAUACUCAACUGGAUGGAGACUCAAGAUAGAUUUCAAAUGACUGCAGCUGAUCAUGCCAUCAGACUUAAAUUGAUCACUGAAGAGCACUCUAUAGAUGAGGCUGAAAAGUAUUUUGCUAGUAUUCCCAGUCCUUCCCAGAAAUAUGCUUUCCUUCAUCUUCUUCGCUUUUAUGUUAAAGAGAAAGAUACUGAGAAAGCCGAAGACCUUAUGACAAAAAUGAAUGACUCAGGGAUGAUUGUUAGCCCUCAUCCGUUAAAUGAGAUGAUGAAGUUGUAUGUAGCUACAUCUCAGUUUGCGAAAGUCGUGUUUGUGAUCCAGCACAUGAAACGAAAUAUGAUACCUCGAACUGUCCUUUCAUACAACCUCUGGAUGACUGCAUGCGCUGAGGUGUCUGGGGUUUCUUCAGUGGAGGUGGUUUUCAAGCUGAUGGAGAUAGACAAACAUGUUGUAGUGGGGUGGAGCACUUUAGCUACCUUGGCUAAUAUCUACUUAAAGGAGGGACUUAUUGACAAGGCUACUUGGGCUGUAAAAGCUGCAGAGAAAAAACUAUCUGCAGUAAAUCACCUUGGUUAUUUGUUUCUCAUGACCAUUUACACCUCUCUGAACAAUAAAGAUGCCAUUCUGCGGCUUUGGGAAGCUUGUAAAAAAGUAGAUAGGAAAAUUACUUGUGCCAACUAUAUGACUGUAAUCUCAUCUCUUGUGAAGCUUGGCCAUAUUUAUGAAGCUGAGGAGAUUUUUACCGAGUGGGAGUCACAAUGUAGGAAAUAUGAUAUCAGAGUCUCCAAUAUACUUCUAGGCGUGUAUAUGAGGAAUGGAAAUACAGAAAAAGCAGAAGCCUUACAUCUUCGGACAUCAGAGAGAGGUGGGCAACCUAACUAUAAAACAUGGGAAAUACUCAUGGAAGGAUGGGUGAAAAACCAAGAAAUGGAGAAAGCUGUUAAUGCCAUGAAAAAAGGGUUUGCUAUGUUGAAGCAUUGUGAAUGGAGGCCAUCAUCAAGCAUAGUAGAGACUAUUGCCCGGCACUUUGAGCUGACUGGAGACAUUGGAGGUGCAACUAGGUAUGUUGGAGUUAUCAAACGUUUUGGUCUUGCAAGUCUGCCGGUUUAUAAAUCAUUGCUUCGGCUGCAUACCUGCAAUCAAAGGCCAAUUGACAAGAUCAUUGUCAUGAUGCAGAAGGAUAAUAUGGAAUUGGACGAAGAAGUGCUCACUCUUAUUCAGUCAACUGAGGUACAAAAAAAUCAGUAGAUUAUGCGAGUAUUGCAGAUUACACCAAGUAGUUAACAGAGCCGUAAAUUUGACAAUCAUUACCAGCAAUCAACAAGUGGUUCUUAUCCUGCUUUUAGUGUCCUCCCCGCAUAGCUAUACGUCCUUUGUUAGGAUCUUGUCAUCUAGUUUAAACUGUCCAAAGCGGGAUUGUUAUGGUCAAAUUUUAGUUGAAAAAUCGGAAACUUUUAACAUGUACCUAGGAGAUCAACAUUGUCCUGUGACAGAGCAAACACAUCCUGACAGCAUUUGUCUAAUAUUUAGCAGAUACUAAGGUUCCGUGUUCUCGGAACUUGAAAGAUCAA